CUUUAAUUGAUAACGUGUUUGGUUUGCCACAGGAUGGGGAGGGACGCGCGGCGCUGCCCUCGGGAACUGGCGCCCCCGUGAAGUAGGAGCCGCCGGCCGCCCGCCUCCUCCGAGCCGUUCCGCGCCGCGGCCGCCCAGCCUCUGCCAUGGCCGGCUCCGGCGCGUGGAAGCGCCUCAAAUCUCUGCUGAGGAAGGAUGACGCCCCGCUGUUUUUGAAUGACACCAGCGCCUUUGACUUCUCGGAUGAAGUGGGGGACGAGGGGCUUUCUCGGUUUAACAAACUUCGAGUUGUGGUGGCCGACGAUGGUUCCGAAACCCCGGAGAGGCCUGUUAACGGGGCGCACCCGGCCCUCCAGGCCGACGACGACUCCCUAUUGGACCAGGACUUACCUUUGGCCAACAGUCAGCUGAGUUUGAAGGUGGACUCCUGCGACAACUGCAGCAGACAGAGGGAGAUACUGAAGCAGAGAAAGGUGAAGACCAGGUUGACCCUUGCCGCCGUUCUUUACUUGCUUUUCAUGAUUGGAGAACUUGUAGGUGGAUACAUUGCAAAUAGCCUAGCAAUCAUGACAGAUGCACUUCAUAUGUUAACUGACCUAAGCGCCAUCAUACUCACCCUGCUAGCUUUGUGGCUGUCAUCAAAAUCACCAACCAAAAGAUUCACCUUUGGAUUUCAUCGAUUAGAGGUUUUGUCAGCUAUGAUUAGUGUGCUUUUGGUGUAUAUACUUAUGGGAUUCCUCUUAUAUGAAGCUGUGCAAAGAACUAUCCAUAUGAACUAUGAAAUAAAUGGAGAUAUAAUGCUCAUCACCGCAGCUGUUGGAGUUGCAGUUAAUGUAAUAAUGGGGUUUCUGUUGAACCAGUCUGGUCACCAUCACUCCCAUUCCCACUCCCUGCCUUCAAAUUCUCCUACAACAGGUUCUGGGUGUGGACACAGGCAUGGGCAGGAUAGCCUGGCAGUGAGAGCUGCAUUUGUACAUGCUUUGGGGGAUUUGGUACAGAGUGUUGGUGUGCUAAUUGCUGCAUACAUCAUACGAUUCAAGCCAGAAUACAAGAUUGCUGAUCCCAUCUGUACAUACGUAUUUUCAUUACUUGUGGCUUUUACAACAUUUCGCAUCAUAUGGGAUACAGUAGUUAUAAUACUAGAAGGUGUACCAAGCCAUUUGAAUGUAGACUAUAUCAAAGAAGCCUUGAUGAAAAUAGAAGAUGUAUAUUCAGUAGAAGAUUUAAAUAUCUGGUCUCUCACUUCAGGAAAAUCUACUGCCAUAGUUCACAUACAGCUAAUUCCUGGAAGCUCAUCUAAAUGGGAGGAAGUACAGUCAAAAGCAAACCAUUUAUUAUUGAACACAUUCGGCAUGUAUAGAUGUACUAUUCAGCUUCAGAGUUACAGGCAAGAAGCAGACAGAACUUGUGCAAAUUGUCAGAAUUCCAGUCCCUAAUAUUGUAUUCUCUGGGGACUACUGCCUUACGUACCCUGCAGUUAUAGACCUGAGAGCAAUAAAUGCAAACCUAAAUGAGAAAA